AAGCGCGGGGGGAUAGGACGGCGAGGACUAGGAACUCCAGGUGUCGGAGUCGUCCGGCCGCCGCUAGUAGCGGCGGCUGCCGCUUGAGGGCCAUACACUGGUUAGAACCGGUGCGCUGCGACGCCACUUGCCAAACAGGCUAGUUCUAGUCUGCGCUUUUUAGACACCGUUGGCCUACCGGUUAUCCUCACUGCCUGCUUUCCCCUUCAGCUCUCUUCUCCUCCUGUUUAUCCGGAGCGUAAAAGGCGAAGGCCCGGGGACGGCACCGAGCCCUUCUUGUGCCCAUCGUAAGUGCCACAGCCGCCAUGGGCCUGACCAUCUCCUCGCUGUUCUCCCGCCUCUUCGGCAAGAAGCAAAUGCGUAUUUUGAUGGUUGGAUUGGAUGCUGCUGGCAAGACGACCAUCCUAUAUAAACUCAAGUUAGGGGAGAUAGUCACCACCAUUCCUACCAUUGGUUUUAAUGUCGAAACAGUAGAAUAUAAGAACAUUUGUUUCACGGUGUGGGACGUUGGUGGUCAAGAUAAAAUUAGGCCUCUCUGGAGGCAUUACUUCCAGAAUACCCAGGGUCUUAUUUUUGUGGUAGAUAGCAACGACCGUGAAAGAAUUCAAGAAGGAGCAAACGUACUGCAGAGUAUGCUUCAGGAAGAUGAGCUGCAAGAUGCAGUGCUGCUGCUUUUUGCGAACAAACAGGAUUUGCCAAAUGCUAUGGCCAUCAGUGAAAUGACAGAUAAACUGGGUCUUCAGUCUCUUCGUAACAGAACAUGGUACGUUCAAGCUACUUGUGCUACACAAGGAACGGGUCUGUAUGAAGGACUGGACUGGCUGUCAAAUGAGCUUUCCAAACGUUAAAUGAAACUGGGUAUCUCACCAAGGACACGUUUGAUAGAAUUGGUCUAGGCUUGUUACAACAAAAGUAGUUUGCAUUUUGGUUAUUGGAGAGUAUCUGGGACUGGCUUGGACAGAAUAUUACAGCGUUUAAACUUACUUUGUUGCCAAUUACUGUUUACCAAGUCCAAUGUUGCUGUUUAGCAAUAUAUGCUUGGUUUUAAAAAAAUUUUCCUUGGGGAAAAAGUAUCCUCUCUUAACUUUACUUCUAAGCCUAAAUGCCUAGACAUAGCCAUUGUGUCACCUUAAAUCAUUUUGAAUGUGUUUUGAGCCCACAACAAAUAAUGUUUUAAAAGUUAUCUCUUUGCUACUUUACUGAUUCCUUUAUCAUUCCUGGGACAGUCUGCUGAUUUAAAAAUGUAGCAUUCCAUUUAUAUUUAUUUCUGUCCCUGCCAAAAAGAUUUUCUAAUAUUGCUUGUACUUGCCAGGGAAACACUCCAAAACACUAUUCCGCUCUCUUGCACUGAGGAGCUUAUUUCUUCCCCCCUUUAUCAACUCUGGCUUCCCUCAGUCAGACUUACCUUGGUGUGGUUUGGAUUUGAUGGCUGAUUCUGUGCUGGUGGCAACACAGAAUAUGGAGGUGGUUUUUUUAAUAGUCAGCAGAUUGUCUUUCCUUUAUAUUAUUAUCUUUUUUAUUGCAUGUUGCUUUUGGUAUCAGCCCAGUAGAUAAUAGUUCUGCUGGUGACUCUGCCCAGUAGAUAAUGGUUCUGCUGAUGUUUUAUUGUUUAUUGAUGAACAUAUCUGCAUCAAGAGUUUUUGGAAGCCUCAUCAGACUCAGUAAUUUUUCUUCAUAACCAAUUUUGAAUUGUUCCUAAUAAAAUGAUAAAAUAUA